UCCCUCCCUCGCUUUCGCUCGGUGCCCGCAGUGCCGCCGCCGCCCGCCGCGAUGUUGGGGGUUCCGCAGCAGCAGCGCUGCCCGCGCCGCGCCGACCCCGAGCCCGGCGCCGCCUUCGACCGCGUGCGCACCUACGGGCCGGGCUGCCGCGACACCGCGGGCGACACGGGCACUAUUCGAAGGAUUAUUAUCGAGAAUCCUGACCAGGAACCGUUAUCCCCAUUUCUUCGAGGGGGGAGUUUCUGUCCUGGAAAUAAUAUCAUCUAUGAAAAGACCAUAAGAAAAUAUGAGCUACUGAAUCCCUCUCAAGAGCGGCAGUAUCAGUUUUCCCAGCAGGCCGAGCCAUGCCAUGUCGCCCAGCCUGUGGAGCAGCCUCAGGUCACUCGCCAAUGCCAGCAGACGCAGACCGGUAGCCCCUGUGAAAUAAAUCCGGUGGCUGUGAGCGAUGACUGCAGGGGGAACACUGUGAGGAGGGUAACGGUUCAAACCUGUGAGCCGGUGAAUUGCUCUCAAGAAAACAACGACCAACUGGACUGCCGCUACUUCGGUGAGCUCCUCGCUGAACUGAACCGCAAGAGCAAUGACUUGUACAGCUGUUUGCUACAGCAUGUGGAGAAGAUUGGAGGAAGGAACCAGGAUAUUGAAUUUUCAUAUCAGACUGAAGAAAUCGAAAACUUAAUUCCUAAAGGACUGUCUGAGGCAACAAAGCAGCAGAUUCGUUAUCUCCUGCAGAUGAGAGUGACAUCAGACAAAUCCCUCAGACUUGUGCUUUCCACCUUCAAAAAUCUGCGUGAAGAGCUGUGCCAUUUGCAGGAUGACCUGGGGAAGCUGGAAACCGACAAUCUCUUACUGAAGAAGGAUUUGGCUUUUAAAGAUUCUCAAGUAAAAGAGUAUGAAAACCUCUUGGCUUCUCUGAGAGAGAAUAAUCGUCAGCAGCAGCAAGGACUCCGAGAGAGCACUGCAAGGUGUCGCUCUCUGGAAGAACAGCUCCUGUCCCUUCGGCUCAGCGAGGGAGAAAAGGAUUGUCAGCUAAAGGAGCUGGAGUACUGCAAGCGGGCGCUGGAGCAAGAGAUGCAGAGCCUCCGACUGCAGGCCUGCUCCAGCCCAGCCCUCCAGACCACCACAGAUGAGCUCUCCAGCCGUUAUGUAGAGAUGAUCAAUAACUUGAGAGAGGAUAAAGAUCGUGAGAUCCGCAAUCUGAGGGCUCAGUUAUGCCAGUUCCAGCAAGAUAUAUCGAGGAGAGAAGGAAGUAACAGCGACUUGCAAAUAAGGUUGCAGGAACUGACAUCGAUGUUGGAGGAGAAAGAAGCUUUUAUUAAACAACAACAAGAGGACCUCUUCAGACUGAAGCAUGACAAGUUAUCAGGCAGUCCGUCCCCUGGUGUCACAACUGUCAUCACCAAGAAGUACAGGAACCAGUAUCCUAUCCUGGGUCUCUUGUCAGACGACUACAAGGUUACAUCACCAGUCAAUAAAUCAGAGACUAUUGUAAUCGAGAGGACCGGAGAGAUAUGGAAACAGGAAUGAAAUCUCUGUCUACCAGCGCUGCUCAAAGGAGUUCUCAACGACUAAAAUUGCUUUACUUUCUGCUAUGUUGCAUCAGAAAUAGGUUCAGUUUGAUAGAGGGAAAGGCUGGGGAACAACAUUAAGGACAUGGAAGCAUGGUGAUGAUGGAAAACACUGUCUUAUCCUUACCACAAAGAACCCUGUCACCAGUGUCCGUUGUCUGUCACUAACAGCAGUGUAAGGUGCCGGUUGUACUUCCUCCUGCACUUACCUUUUGCGCGGAAGGACACAGUUCUCCAUGCUUUUGUAGAUACUGGUUCUACUCGACAUGACUAACUUCUGCUCUUCAGCCAGUCCUGAAGUGACCUAGGAGACAAAGGGAAGUCUGGAACCUUUUCCUCUGCGUACUCUUAGCCAUAUUCCUCUGUCCCACCCACUCCUGCUGAGCAGUGGGAGCGACACAAAUUAAACUCCCUACAUACGAAAGGCUGGUUUCGAUACAGAUUCACAGACUGCUGUUGUAUCUACUGCUGCCUGUGAAAAUGAAGCAAAGCCCAGAAACAACCUUCAUGGGGAACUUUAAAAACACCUCACUGAAAACCACCUGCCCUGCAUCGCCGGUGUCUGGGAAGCCAGAACACACGGGAGGAUUGCUGAGCUCCUGCCCGGGCAAACACUGGAGUCACCUAGUUCAGAGAAAUGAUUGGGCAAAUGCUUAUGGUAAAGAAAGUUAUUAACCUCAGAGUUGAUGUGUUUUCAGCACCUUCAUAAGCCCCAAACCAGCCAUAAGUAUUUAUUUUUGCUGUGCUUGAAAAUGUCAAGAACUUGGUAUAUUUUUAUAUAUGGAAAAACUCACUAUGAGCUAUUUUCGUACUAAAUUUCAGUAUCGGCCACCCUUUCCUUUACCAUUUCUGUCCUCGCAGCACCACAGACAUUCUAUCAGAAUGAUGUGGUAUUAAGUAGUCAUCUGAGCAACGCUGUGCGUGGAGUCGCAGGGGAGGUGUUAAACUACGCAAUCCAAAGGGGCCUGCUCUGUCGCGGGGUUCUCGCUUUGCUGUCUUUCUGCAGGCAUUUAUUUCUAUUCACAAAUAAUAUAGAUCAUAGAAAAUGUUUAAUGGUGAAAGCGCCGUGUAGGCUACGUGUAACUAUGAAAUAAACGUCAAGAGUAACCUUGUGAAUUGUCUGUACUGGAACCAACCCUGACAGGCUCGAGGGUUUGUCUUGCUGGUGUGGUGCUGCCUUUUCUUAGACAACUUGUUCCUCUCAAUGAAUCUUUGCAGUGAAGGAAGAGAGUUGGCUCCCUCUCCUUGCCAGUGCUCUGCUCUGUUACUGCUGGGAUGCCAAAGGGGAGCCCCUGCUCCUCGUAACUGGGAGAAAGCAGAGCGCAGCACCUGCUCACAGCUCCAUAACGCCCAGCCUAGGGUGGGCCUGCGGUUUCGGAGGGCAUUUAAGAGUUUGCACCAUUAAACAAUCACUUUAGCUCAGCUCUAUAGAUUUAUUUAAUUAAUUAAAUAGCCUCCUUUGAACAAGGAGUGCUUUGUUCCUCUGAAAUCAAUAUCAGAUUCUAAAGUAACCCCCUCACUUCUGUACCGCAGUUAGAUACAAAGGGCAGACACGUGCAGUUAACAUACUGAGGACACAGAACAGUCAAAGCAGAUUCUGUCCUUAUAAUCAACUUUAGUUAUGCUCUCAUUUAAAGACUUUUAACCUGUUGUGACCCAAAAGGUGAAGAGGAAGAACACCACCUUUG